AUGUCUGACGCAGGUCGUGACCCCACUGGGGAGGAGAUGAACGACUUGCUCUCUGCUGCUGAUAAUCAAGGUCCCGGCGGCAACGAUGAUCUACCAGCCGAAGAAGCUGAGCCGGGACCCGAGGCACUGGAGCGAGCUCAGCCGGGCAGCAUAGCGGAUGCGGUGGCCGCUGGAACUCACGCAGAUGACGACCCAAUCGAUUCGAACGUCACCGAUGAUGGCAUCGUGGAAAUCAGCGACGAUGAGGAGGAGGACGACGACGACGACAUGAGCGAUGAUGAUGAGCCGGACCACGUUCGAGCCCUCCGCGAACGAAUAAAACAACUCAGAGCAGGGGUGAUCGGACUUCGGGAUGAGAAAGAUGGUCUCAUCAACGAUAAAGAACAGUUAAGCGAGAGAAUCAGGGGCCUUGACGCGAUGAUCGAGACCCUUCAGGCCAACAAUAACCAGUUGAGGAAUCAAUUGAACCGGUCGCGACAUCCUAGGCAGCGUACCCAGAGGACUUGGCCCGCCAUGUUGCGCGCGUUCUUGGCUGGCGAUCCGAUGGCUGAGGAGUACCAUGUGAUCUACAGGCGCAUGUGCGAAGAGGAGAAUAUGAGCACCAAAAGCAGCCUGCUGCACCCGAACCUGAAGCUGCGGGAACCGGACGAUGAAGAGCUGGCAGCACAAUUGCUCAAUCCGGAUGGCGAUGCUCCUGGAGAGAACAACGAGAUGGGCGACAAUCCUGUUGACCAUCGUGCGGCUCGUAACGGGGUCGGCGAAGUUGUCACGCAAGCCACGCACGCGACUGAUACAGUGGACGAAGAGCUCUUUGUUGUCGAAACAAAAGACAAUCAAAAGGAACGUCCUCGUCGCUCCUUCGAUUCCAUGCCGCCGGAGGUUCAGGCCAAAAUUGUCAGGCUGGUGCUGGAAUAUCCAGGUCGCCUCGUUCAUUGCAUUUCACGACUGGACCCCCAUUGUGAACCUCGGGCUCCCCUUCCUCACACCGUAGGACGGGGCUCGAGCAACCUGCCCAAGCGGUUCUGGACUGGACGCAGUGGAACGUGCAGUAUCGAGUACGCUACGAAGCCAAACGACAUGCUCUCCAUCCUGCUGGUCUCCAAGUCGGUGCACUUCCUGGGCGUCCACGCCUUUUACGGACUCAACACGUUUGCCUUUUCCAGCCUUGGGGAGUUUGGACGCUUUUGCAGAGGCAUCGGAAGCGCGCGAGCACAGCGCAUCCAACACAUCGAGAUCCUUUGGCAGGGCAACCAGACGCUCACGUUCACGCCCACCAGCAGAGGACAGUGGACGUCGCGGCGGACCUACGAUACCUCGGAGCUGCUGAAGAUGCGUCGCCUCAAGACGGUUGUGAUUCACAUUGACGAAUCAAGCCGGGGACGCAGACGUCGCCCCCACGAGCUGCCCGCAGUCCGCACGUGGCUCGCCGGCAAGACCAAGCUUCAGCCCAACCAUGGCAACUUCCGCGCUCUGCGCACCCUCCAGGGGCAAGACUACAUUUACGGGCUGCGCGGGAUCCGGCACAUUCUUUUCUACGACAUUGAAAAGUACCGCACCAUGGGCGGUCGACAUCCCAUCAGGGACUAG